AUAAAUUUGGUCACGUGACUUAAAAUAUUUUUUAUCUAAAUUUUGAUACGUUUUAAAUGCAAAUUAAGUUCAUAAUAAUAAUAAUAUAUAUUUUAUUGUCGUGUUCUUCAUAUUUGUACAAUUUUUGUUACGGACUAAGUAAUCUACUGUAACGCCAGGGAGGUGGCUUCUAACAAACUAAUUUAAUGUACAAUGUUGUCAGAGCAAGAUUUAAAUUUUUAUAACUGUUUUAAUUUAUGAGAGGAAAAUCUCCACAAAAACCUCUAUUUCAUUCUAACUUAAACUAAAACUAAACUAAAUAUAAUUCAAAACAAAAUAGAUCAAAAAGUGAGUAGAUUAAAAUUUAUGAUGCGGGGAAGUAGCUAUUUGUGGAUUACUCAUCAAUCAAAAAGUUGGCUUACUGCUGGGUUAUCGACAAGUCUGCUGCGGUCUUCGAAUGAAAGCGAUAAACGAUCAAGGAAAACGUUCACCAUUUCGAUGUUUGCUUCGUUGCAAAUUAAGUUCAUAUCUAAUAUAAUUUUAAUAUUAACUUGAUAUUAUUAUCGUUCUUCAUUCAAAAAAGUCAUAAAAUUUCCUUUUUUCUAAUAUAAAAGUAAUAAAGACAUAAAGUAAAAUAAUUGCAUAAAAUAAAAAGUGAAAAAAAAAAAAAAUGUUUGGUCACGAGAAUUUAAAAAAUUUAUCAUCGUUUUUGUAUGAAUUUGUUAAAUACUGGAGUACCAAUUUUUUGAAUUUGAAUUGAAUUGAUCCGCAAUUCAAAUUAAGGACUACCUACUUACAAGCGAUAAAAUAUUAGAAAUUUAAAUUUAACCGCCUAAAUAUUACAUUGGGAUGCUGGGUGAUCAAAUUGUUUACCGGAAAACAACGCUUGAAUAUCAUCACAUCUACACUACUGAUGAAGUACUGUAUGUGCCAAAUCAGCUGAUUCAAAAAUGAGAAUGACCUUUGAUAAAUAGACAAACAGAAACAAAACAACUGAAUUUAAAUUCAACUGAUUGAUUUAUGUGUUACAGUUUUUAAUAGCAUAAUAUUGUAAAGAGGAUGCAAGCUUUAAGUAAAUUUACUCCAAAUGUAGCAAUUAGUGCAACAUGUACAGAGUAUGUCCAUCCGUGGAUAAAUAGUUGUCCGAAAGCUUCAAUUGGAAUGUGUCUAUGUGCUUUUAAAGACAGUUUUAGAAUUUAUUGCACAGUUUAUUUUAUAUCCUUACUCAUGAGACGCCGUAUUCCUACAUUAAAUGAUCUAAAACACACAUUUCAAGGAUUAUUACGUUCUACAUGGUUUUUAACAACUGCUGCAUACGGCUUUCCAGUAUUUGCAUGUUCUCUUCGCCGUUUACUUGGACACUUUAAUGUCCUUACUGUUGGCUUUCUCCCAGCAUUCCUUACUUCGAUCUGCGCAAUAGUAAUAGAACGACCAACUAGACGAAGCCUAUUAGCCUUAUAUGUUGCGAAUUGUGGAACUGAAGCAGCAUGGAGAAUGCUCGAGGAAAGAAAUUUAGUGAAGUCGUCCAAAAAUCGUUUGAUGGUUUUGUUUGGAGUUUGUCUAUCUAUUUUAACUUUUUACUACAAGAAAGGGUUUCAUUUAAACUUUGAGAAGGAGCCAGUAUUUGACGCAAUAAAGUUUAUUAUGGGUGAUAUAAGCGUAUAUGAAAACGCUAGAACAUUUCCUAAUCAAACCUCUUCCAUAAUUGUGGAUACUUCACAGAAAAAUCGAAAAACUCUACCUGGGCCAAAAUUUUUUGUACAAUAUGGAUUUUUGGCGUGCCUUAUCAAAUAUUAUAUUUAUAUGUUAGAUAAAAUGAAACAGCUUCCAAUUAGGAACAAAUGUUGUCCACACAAUUAUAGUUGUGUACAUUACUGCAUGGAUGGCACUGUUAAGUUAUUUGGAACGGGAGUAUUAAUUCAAGUAGCACUAAAAUUCGUUUUUCAAUUAAGACGUACACUGAAGUCUCCUAAAACAAUAUUUUCAAAAGAUACAAUAAAAAUCGGACUUUUUCUAGGCGGUUUUUCAGCAAUUUUCAGAACGGUUUCAUGUCUUCUACGUUCACUUUCGGGAAAGGAUUCUGAACUUUACAUAUUCCCUGCUGUUCUAUUAGCAAGCACCACUCUGAAAAAUCAUCCAGAUGCUUCCAUUGUACUCUAUAUAAUGUGGAAAUCUUUACAACUAACAUUCCAGAUUGGUAAAUCAAAGGGAUAUUGGAAAAGUAUUCCACUAUUCACAGAAUUCCUUUACUGCUUUUUUACCGCUUUGUUGUUUCACUCAGCACUAGUAGAGCCCCGUACAUUGCGUUUGAGUUAUUGGCGAUUUUUAAUGGGAUUAUCGGGAGGAAGAGUUGCUGUUAUGAAUAGAAAACCAAUUGAUGGUUUUGGUUAUGAUACUAGUACACAAUUAAAUGAAAUAUUAGUAAAAACCCGUUCAAAGGUACCAGAUGGAUUUUUUUGGUGAUUUAUUUUGUUAGAACACAUAAAUAACUAAUUAAAACGGGAAAACAAAUACCAUGGACAUUUGCUAUAUAAGGUUAUCUUUCAAGAAACUUUAAUUUUAUAGAAAUGUCUCAAAUAACAUAAUAAAGUAUUUUUUGUAAAC